CUGUCGGCUCGAUCGGAAACGUACGUGCUAUCGACAUUCUUUGGUUCCGCUGUGGAAAUGGCCUCCUCGAGUCAGCUAUAAAUGCCAAAUGAGCCCUUAAUUCUUGGAGUCAACAGAGAGAAACUAGGCCUGUCCGGGGCACCAGUCGAGGCGAUUUGGACGUUUUCUGACGGUAAUUCGACGCGUGAGGAGGCGUUUGAACGAUGCCACAUUUCCUGUGGCCGGAGCCGCUGUCACCCGCACAACUCAAGCGCUUGGAGGAGCACAAGUACAGCGCGUCUGGUCGGUCCCUGUUCGAGCCGCCGUGCCAGAUCUACUGGAACUGGCUGGUCCAGCAGAUCCCGACAUGGGUCGCACCCAACACGCUGACUAUAGUGGGACUGCUGGUCAACAUAGUGUCCACGGUGAUUCUUGUGUAUUAUUGUCCCACGGCCAAAGAGGAGGCGCCAGCAUGGGCCUUCAUCCUGAGUGCGCUGGGCCUCUUUAUCUAUCAGUCUCUGGAUGCUAUUGAUGGGAAACAAGCGCGGAGGACCAACAGCAGCUCGCCCCUCGGAGAGCUCUUUGACCAUGGCUGUGACGCCGUCUCCACAGUCUUUGUUGCUGUGGGGACAUGCAUUUCCUGUGGCAUCGGCGCUUUACCGAACUGGAUCUUCUUCUGCGGCUUCAUCGGGAUGUUCAUGUUCUUCUGUGCCCACUGGCAGACCUACGUGUCUGGAACGCUGCGCUUCGGCCUGGUUGACGUCACAGAGGUGCAGUUUGCCAUCAUGAUCAUGUAUCUGAUGUCGGCUUUUGGCGGCGUGAGCCUCUGGCAAGCUACGUUGCCCGUCAUUGGCCUCAAGAUGUACAUCUUCCCCAUCCUGGGCAUCAUUGGAGGAGCUCUCUACUCCUGCUACAACUACUUCUAUGUCAUUUUAAAUGGAGGUGUGGGCAAAAACGGCUCCACCGUAGCUGACACCAGUGUGCUGACUCCCGGUUUGCACAUCGGCCUCGUUCUCACACUGGCCUUCAUCAUUUUCAAGAAGUCGUCAAGCCACUUGUUCGAGCAUCACCCCUGCCUGUACCUGCUCGCCUUCGGCAUGGUGAUCGCCAAGAUCUCCAACAAGCUGGUGAUAGCGCACAUGACGAAGAGUGAGCUGCACCUGCCAGACACAGCCUUUAUAGGCCCCAGCCUCCUCUUCCUCAACCAGUACUUCAACAGCUUCAUCGACGAGCACAUAGUUCUCUGGAUCGCCAUGGUUCUCUCUCUCCUGGAUCUGACGCGGUACUGUACAGGCGUGUGCCUCCAGAUCGCCUCCCACCUGCGCAUUCGCGUCUUCAGCAUCACGCCCCCGGGCGACAGCCACCGCGACUGACGGCUUGCCCGGCGGGAGGAGGCGGGGGGAGACACAGACCUCUCCCCGCUCCUGGAAGCAGACAACGACGAGGUCAGACCUUCGUCCCAGAGCCACUGCAGCCUUGACAAAGUGAUUGCCUCGCACUAAAACAACACCAAAACUAAAAUCAAAAACAGUUCAAGAAGACGAAAUUUAACUGAAAUACCAAAAUGGGUACGUUGAGCUUGGCCAAAUACCAAAUUAUAUCUGCUUUAAUAGUCAUUAAUUAUGAUUGUCUCCAGUUUACUAAAUUCAGAAAGAUAUGACAAACCUUCAAUACUUGGCCAGGCUGAACAGAGCGCCCGCUCAAAUUUUUUACUCUUUUUUUGUAUUUAUUAAAUUAAUGAGAUCUAAUUGGUUGUGCAUCUGGGUUUGAAAAUGCAAAAUUAAUUAAUACAAAUUUCUUUUAAGAACAAAACCUUGAAAACCUCAAAAUAAGUGCAAUGACGUUUACAGGCUGUCAGAGAGCUCGGCGACGGGGUAACGACGUGUUAAUGCUGAAAACUGCGACUGGCUUUGUAAAAGGCUUCUCUCACGAACACCACUCCAGUCAAGCGUUCUGUCUUUUUUUUGAUGUUCAUCUCAUCCCACAUCAACAUUAAACCACCGUGUCCCUCAGCUGCAGCCUUUAGCGCCGUCGACUAAUGAAGCAUUAACACCCAACUUGUUCUGCUUUCUGUUCUUCUCCCUAAAGGGCUAAUCGUUAAUUAUAUGUGAUUGUACAGAUUUCAACUGAAGACGCCUUAAAUAUUUUUGGUUGUAAUUAGUUUAACUUGUGAAUAUUUAAAAGGACUUUGUACAUUUGUUUUUCCACUCGUGCAUUGCACCGAGUACAGCUACUGGAAGUUUUUUUUUUAACUGUUCAUCCUUCACUCAUGACAUUGACUUCAUUCAUACAAACGCAUAUUAUGUAGCGGUGAGUCAUUCAUAUGGUCCUUGAUGAUUUGUGGAAUUGUGAUUGUUGUUAUGACUGAAUAGUUCAUGUUCACUAGGAUCAAAAAGGGACGUGUUUGUAGUGAUGUGGAGUUUUAAAAAAUAAAAAUAAACAUCUUCUAAUUUUCAGCUUCUUCAGGAUUAUGGACACGGAAGAAUGAGCAUGUCCAAAACUAUGACUUGGCUUAAUUUAAAGUGUUUUUUAUAUUGAUUACAACACUACGUUGCACAGUUCACUAACGCAGCAAUGCACCUUUUUACUAACAGGUACAUGUGGAGAAUAUUGUAAUAAAGAAAAUAUUUUUCAUGUC